AUGUGUAUAAAGUAUAUCGUCUUGUUAACUAUUUUAACUGCGAAAGUUUCUUACGGUAUAUAUCCGUACUUUGAUACUCAAGACUUCAUAUACAAUGUUCCUAAAGUAUACAGAAUAUCUAUCACGCUGGACAAAUUGUUAGAGUACUAUGAAAAGAAGCCUUCGAAAGAUCCUGAAUGGUACAUCGCUCUGGGAAUGGCUAGAGGUCAACUGGAGUACACGAUAAAUGAGCUAGAUAAGUCAGUGCCAGGCAAGCUUAAAGAGAACUUGCAGAACCUCACCCGGCGAAUGGACCGCAUCAAAAAUAAUACUGAUUUCUCCAGCUUUGUAUAUCGGAGCAAAGAUUAUGAAUACGUGGCAAAAGCAAUAUUCGAGAAUAUGGAUGUGUUAUCGAGUUUAAUGGAGCCAAUUUCGAUCGGUACUAUGGGCACACAGAAGCCUUAUCGGUUCUCGUUCGAACAAUAUGUGCAAGAAGCUAAGACGAAAAUGCCGACCAGGAAGGCAGCAGAUGCAUGUACAAUGCAGCUAUUGAUAUCAGCUAUGGAAUCGCAGACAACCCAGACUGAUGGGACAUGCGAGCUAACUCCAGAAUGCUCUGCCCAAAUACUCAAGGGUUCUGGACUAGCUUUCCAGCAGACCAGUCGUAUUAGAGCUGCAGCUUUAGCGUAUCUCUUCGAUUGCUUGGAGGGCGUCGACAUUGCAGCUCAUAUCUAUAAACUUUGCAUUCAAGUCUACAAAGAAACCAAGUCUUUAGAAGCCUGGGAUCUUCCACCUGGAACAAGGACGUUGUUUAUGCAACAAAUGCUCUAUUGCUCUACACAAGGGUACGGAGAAUUUAUAAAACCUCGCUGGAUGAACCGGAUCUUAGCCUGGCAGGAACCGAAAGGUUGCUACUCAGAUGAUCGCCAACCGUUCAUGAAGCUCACUGGAUUUGUGGGACUUACGUCGGUACCAUCACAGAAAGAAAGAGAAGAAGAAUACAGAGUGAAGAAAGCAGCUUCUUCAGAAGGUGGGGCCUGCAACUCUCUGACAUCGGCGAUGGCUCUCGGUUCCCUAGUCAUCUACAUCAGAGCUUUGUUGGAAACAGACCAAGCUUUCCAAUACGAUGUACUGACUUGA